AUGACCCCUGACGAGGAUCCAGAAAACAAGUUCAUCUCAUCAGGACGUUUCUUUUGUCAGUCAUUGCCCCCCUCUCAUCACGCUCAGAUCCGUGAAACUGCCAAACCAAGCUGCAGUCCACCUUUCACGAUCUCCAAUUCUCCACUGACGUCGGGUUCGCACCACAGGUCGCUCCCACAUCCCGAAGAACCACGUUCUGAUCAAUUCCCCAUUCGGCAGUUCGUCGCAUAG